AUGAACCAGAUGAACGUCGGUGGCAUGCCCGGGGUUGGAGGCCCUGUGGGUGGCGUCCAGAUGAUGAACAAUGGCUCCGCGGCCCCCCGUAACGACGGCACUAUGAACAAUAGCCCGGAAGUGAUGAUCAACAACCUCAAUACUUAUAUCUACGACUACUUUCUGAAACGUGGCUAUUAUGACUGCGCACGCGCUCUCUAUCAGGAUGAAUCCAUCAAGAUCAACACAGACCCAGGCACCAAGACUAGCCCCGGAAGUCGCGAUGUCAAUGGCCUCGAUCCCGACGCCAUGAUGACUGACGGAAAGGAUGGCGAGAAGAUGAAGAUCCCUGAUGACUUGCCUCGACCUAGUCUUCAAGAACAGCCGUCAUCUUUUCUGCUCGAUUGGUUUAGUCUCUUCUGGGAAUUUUUCUGGGCUCAGAGAAAACGUGGCAAUAGCCCGGAUGUAAGGCAGUAUCUGCAACAUAACCAGAAUAUGAUGCGCUAUCGAGAACAGCAACAACAAAGCCAGAUAAUGCGCCAACCGCCUAUGAUGGCCAAUCAGAUGGGGGGAAUGAACAUGCGACGCCCCAAUAGCAUCGUACCUAAUAAUCUGCAGAAAACAGUACUGCAGAACACAGGUGGCUUAUCGCAACAACAAUUUGCGCAUCUUCAGAAGCAACAGCAGAUCCAGAUGAUGCAGCAGAUGCGCGAGCAGAAUGAGAUGGACAUUAACGGAAAUCGCCCGCAGUCUCCUGCAUCUGCUGACAAUGCUCCAUCUCCCUCGAAACGACCGCGCCUCGAAGGUGGCCCCGUGAACGGACAGCAACUGGCACCAAAUGGACGACAAGGACAAGGAAUGCCAGGCCAGCCAACCCCUCAGAUGCUAAUGCAGAAUGGUAUGCAGAGGGGCAUGAACCCGGCGCAAUUUCAAGCGUUCCAGCAGGGGCAGCAGCAGAAAUCUAUGCAGGUAUAUGCUCAAACUUUGGCCCUUCAUCACUCCCGCUCAGCAUCGAACUCGCAGGUUAUUCCGAACGGCGCCAUGAUGGGCCCUAAUGUCAUGCCAACUCAGACAGAGAUGGUGCAGAUGCCAGAUGGUCAGGGAAUAUACCCAAUGCACGAUUAUUAUGGUGCCAAUGGCCAAAUGCCGCAGCCUACAAUCCGGCCUGGGAUGCAGACACCAAAUGGACAAGCACAAGGGAACCACGCUCUCCAAGACUACCAGAUGCAAUUGAUGCUGCUCGAGCAGCAGAAUAAGCGCCGUCUGAUGAUGGCUCGUCAGGAACAGGACAGCAUUGCCCGCGAUGGCCAGCCACCGAUGCCUGGCCAGGGUGGCUUGCCACCCGGUACCUCUCCUGGAAGUCGGACAGGCACAUCGCCCAACCCCGGAGACCAAAUGAAACGGGGUACGCCUAAGAUGCCGCAGACUGGUCUUCCAGGAUCUCCCAGCACCGCCGACCUGUCUCAAAAUCGCGCAUCGCCAGGAUCCAUGAACCUCAAUGGCGGCCAAAUGCCACCGGAAAUGGCAGCCCAGUUCUUCCCGGGUGGACCCAAUAUGCGCCCUCCUAACUCUAAUUUGAACUUUAGCGCUCCUCAAAUGGGCCAACCGAUUCCCGCCAAUGCAGCCGGUCGUAUGCCGAAUGGACCAUGGCAGCCAGCAACGAUGCCACCUCAACAUUCACCUGCUACUCAGGGGCAGGCCGGUACGCCGCAGGAACGAAACCAAAUGCCUCCACCCCAGGCGCCACCCGUUGCCGGCCCCAACGGUCGUACUCAGCCGCCAUCCCCUCAAACUACAGGCAAUGCUCCCCCAACACCUCAGCAGGCUAACAAGCCCGCGCCCAAGAAGAAGGAGAAGGGAGACAACACACGCAAGCGACCCACGAAGAAGAAUGCCGCAGCCAAUGCAGCCACUGGGGCCACCCCAACUACUGAUGCAGUUGAGCCCCCACCAACGCCUACACCAUCUACCCCUGUCACCCCCCAGCAUCCUAAUUCCUUCAACAAGGCUGGAGCGAAUACUGCCACAAGCGUACCGCCUCCGCCAACCUCGGCUCCGGUUCCUCAAUCUUUGGUGCAGCCUGAUCAGACUCAGCCAAACUUUGCUGACAUUAACAUGACCGAUCCCAAUGCUUUCAAUCUUGAUUUUAGCGCCUUGGAUAAUCCUGAUAUAUUGGAGAGCUUCGACUUUGACACUUUCCUUAACACUGACGGGGAUGGGACCGGCUUCGGUUUUGACCCCAACAUGCCCUACUCUACAGACGGUGUUGAGACUGGGGCCGCUGACCUGUGA